CGGGCGCGGAGCCGGCCCCGGACACGCUGCGGGCGGCGCUCCGGGGCCGCGUCCCGUGGGCCCGGAUCUUCCUGUCCGCUCCCCGCAGGUGCCGAGGAGCCGGGCAUGGAGGCGGAGGCGCAGGAGCUGCCGCUGGGCUGCGGCGGAGGGGGCGGCUCGCCGGCGGCCGGGAGGUCCCCGGAGGGCGAGGAGCGGCGGGAGCCCCCGCAGGCGUCUGUCAGCAACGGCGGCGGCGAGGAGAGCGGCAGGGAGCUGGUGGAGCUGAAGGUGAUCUGGAACAAGAACAAGUACGACGUGAAGUUCUGCCUGGACAGCACGGGCGCCGAGCUGAAGCAGAAGAUCCACUCGCUGACAGGCCUCCCGCCCGCCAUGCAGAAGGUGAUGUUCAAGGGACUGCUGCCCGAGGAGAAAACCCUGCGGGAAAUCAAAGUCACCAACGGAGCCAAAAUAAUGGUCGUGGGCUCCACCAUCAACGAUGUGCUAGCAGUGAAUACGCCCAAAGAAGCUGCUCAGCAGGAGGUCAAGGCUGAGGAGAACAAAAAGGAGCCGCUUUGCAGACAAAAGCAACACAGAAAAGUGUUGGACAAAGGAAAACCUGACGAUGUGAUGCCUUCUGUCAAAGGCGUGCAGGAGCGGCUGCCCACGGUGCCGCUGUCCGGCAUGUACAACAAGUCAGGGGGCAAAGUCAGGCUGACCUUCAAACUCGAGCAGGACCAGCUGUGGAUUGGUACAAAAGAGAGAACAGAAAAGUUACCCAUGGGGUCCAUUAAAAAUGUGGUGAGUGAACCUAUUGAAGGCCAUGAGGAUUAUCACAUGAUGGCAUUUCAGCUGGGCCCAACAGAAGCAUCUUACUACUGGGUCUAUUGGGUCCCAACUCAGUAUGUCGAUGCAAUCAAAGACACGGUGCUGGGGAAGUGGCAGUAUUUUUGAAAGCACGCUCACCUCUGGCACAGGAAAAUGACACAAAUCUAAGGACACUGCUGGGAGAGGCCUCCAACAUCCCUGGAUGUGACAGUCCUGGAACUUAUUAUUAAAACAUGCUAAACGAGGCAUGGAUGGAAGCCAGAGGUGAUGUUCUUUCACCAUUAGUUUACUUUUAACUUAAAGAUUUCACCAUCCCUUUUCUGCAGUCAGCUUCAACCAUAUUUAAAGCAAAUACAAUGGAAAUCAAUAAAUCUUAAUUCACAAAA